AUCGCAUAAAAGUUUGGUUGAAAGUACAGCAAAUGUACAAUUUACGGCACCAUAUCUAAUAUACUUACACAUUAACAUUUUACAACUCGCGCCUACUAAUGCUAUAAAACGAAGCGCUAAAAACAUUCGCCUGUGGAGAAAGGAAUACCGCAGCCGUCGUCGUGUUCUCUGACAGGAACGAAAGGAACGGAACGUGUUUUGGGCGGACUUGUUUUUUAUGCCAGUGCGGAAAAGGGGACGCCGCUGCAACUAACUGUGUUUUGGGGAAAAAUAGCCGCGCGGCUACAGGAGCGCCAAGCCAGCCCCAGCUCAACCCGAUUUAUUAGUGGAUGGCCAAGUAAACGGGGGGCGUGCGUGUAUCUGUGUGUAUAUCUGUUCCGUACAAGAACAAGUUGCAGCGCACUUGUAUGCGCUUGUCUGUGUAUUGGUGUCUUCAGUUCGCUUGUGCUCUGCAGGUGUGCGUGCGUGUGUACGUCUGUGUGUGUGCGUGUGUGUUUGCGCUGUGGUCUUGAUGUCUGCGCUUUUUCCCAGACGACGGAGACGCGAGCACACAGGUGAAUUAUUGGUGCAAUACGCUGUGUUGGCAACAAAGCCAAAGCUACCAACAAAAGACCAAACGACACUUGGGUAGAACGACGGACUGCAAAAAAUGCUGCGUUUUCUAAGUCGGCGCAAGGUGCGCAACAACUAUCCGGAUAAUGCGAGCAACGUUCGUGGUGGCGGCGGAGGAGGCGCUGGAGGCGGCGCUGUCAUUGCAAGCAGCAGCGGGUCGCAGAUAAAGCCCCAACGCAUCGUGGUAAACAAAAAUAAAAUCGACUGCCGUGUUAUACUGCUGGACAAUACUGACCUUUCCAUCGAAUUAUCGAAAAAAGCGCUCGGCAGCUUCCUCUAUGAACAGGUAUUCUAUGCCUUGGACAUUAUUGAGAAGGAUUACUUUGGGCUGCAGUUUAUGGAUGCUAAUCAUGUGAAGCACUGGCUAGACCCCACCAAGCCCAUCAAGAAGCAAGUAAAAAUUGGACCACCGUACACAUUUCGUUUGAAGGUCAAGUUCUACUCGUCGGAGCCGAAUACGUUGCGCGAGGAGCUAACGCGUUAUUUGUUCUUCUUGCAACUGAAACAAGACUUGCUAGAGGGGCGUCUAGACUGUCCGGAUGACAAAUCUGCUGAGCUCUGCGCGCUGGCCUUGCAGUCGGAGUUGGGUGACUUUGACGAUCAGGUGCAUUCGGCAGCUACCGUCUCGGAGUUUCGUUUUGUCCCGGAACAAACGGAGGAUCUGGAAAUCGCCAUAUUGGAAGAGUAUAAGACAUGCCGUGGUCUAACGCCGGCGCAAGCGGAAACCGCUUUUCUGAACAAGGCCAAGUGGCUGGAUAUGUACGGCGUGGAUAUGCAUACGGUGCUGGGCAAAGAUAGUUGCGAGUAUCAUCUGGGUCUAACGCCCACUGGCAUUCUGGUUUUUGAGCGUGAUCAAAAGAUUGGCCUCUUCUUCUGGCCCAAGAUAAGCAAAUUGGAUUUCAAGAAGAAGAAACUUACGCUGAUUGUUAUUGAAGACGACGACGAGGGUCGUGAGCAGGAGCACACCUUCGUUUUUCGACUGUACAAUGAGAAGGCCUGCAAGCAUCUGUGGAAGUGCGCCGUAGAGCAUCACACAUUCUUCCGUCUGCGAGCACCUGUCAAAGGACCGUCGGCUCGUCAAAACUUCUUCCGCAUGGGCUCGCGCUUCCGUUACUCUGGCCGCACUGAAUUUCAGACCACGCAGCAGAGCCGCGCCCGGCGCACCGUGCAAUUUGAACGUCGGCCCUCGCAGAGAUUCGCCAGUCGCCAGUCGCAUUUAUUGCGCGAACGUCAGAAGGCUUCGCAGGAAUCGGCAGCCUCUGCCGUUGCCUCGGUCAAUGCACGUGCAGCUGCCGCUGCAGCUGCAGCCGCUGCAGCUCAAGUGUCGUCAGCGGCAUCUGUUGUUCCUUCCGUUUCAAGCAAUGAGAACAAUAACGAAACAUUCGAUUCGCUCAUCUCGGCCGAUCCGUUUAUUACCGUUACCCCCUCACCCUCCGUGCUGACAGUUAUACAAAAUUCGGCCAUUAUUGAGCCGGACGCGGCGUGCAGUGCUUCCAUUAGCUCUUCCACUCAUGCAGCUGCCACCUGUCCCUCACUGGGUCGCAAUUCCCUCAAAUCCAACUUUAGCAAUGAUGAUCCGGCCUAUAGCAAAAUUGGCUCCAUUGGCAAGGCGGCGGGUCUUUCUGUGAAGUUGGAACCAGAGUACACGCCACCCUACUCACCGAAUGCCACCAAGAACUUUGACGAGACGAAUCCAUUUAGAAGUGCGGCCACAUCGCAUCAUGGCAGCUUUGGCAAGGCCUCAAUUAGCUCGGGCCAGCUCAGUGUUAGGAGCGGCUUAUCGGAUAAAGAUAGAGAGCUAGAUUCAUUACUUAAGUCCAUUGUUAAAGAUCCAUCCCCAUCAGUGCUUGCAAAUGAAGCCAUUAAUGAUGCUAACAGUAUCAGGGUAACGAUUAACAAGACCUUUGACAUGGAUCAUAAUACGGAGACACUGAAGCGGCUUUCAAAUACAAAUGAGAAGCCCAACAAUCAAGUGAAGCUGGCCAAUGUGGGAGCCACUUCCCUUCCACCGGGCAAUAUCAAGUGCAAUAUACUAAAAGCGCGCGUGGAGGAAGAGAUGGGCGCUAGCAGCGGCAAUGCUAAGCUGACCAAUCAAAUGUUUGUGCCUGCCGCUCACUCCGGCAACAGCAGCAGCAACAUGCACGUGAAUAAUAAUAACAUCAGUAGCAACAAUCAUACACACAGCGAUGGACCGGAUUCCCUGAAUGCCACCUACAUAUCAGUGGGCGGCGAUAAGCUGACGCUCAGCAUACCGGAACAAAAACCGAGCAGUGGCAACGGCAGUGGCAGCAGCAGCAGCUCGAGCACCAUCAAUAGCCAUGCUAAUGCCCCGGCCAGCAGCAACUCACCCUUCAGCAAUGCCACCUUUGUGUCUGCCUUCAGUGGGCCACCAACGCCGCCUUCAUCGCUGCCAGCGACAAUAAACAACACCACCAGCAGCAGCAUGGCCACCAGUGUGACAAGCAUUAAUACGUCGACCAGUACAGCUGCUGGCGUAAAUGCUACUGCCAGCAGUAGCGGCAACAGCAGCACUGCCGCGGAACUGGCCGGUGCUACCAGUGGGACUGGCAGCUCCUUGCUGAGCAAUGCCUCGGCAGCCGAAAUACUCAUUAAUGAAAUUUUCAUUAACAAUAUCAUAAACAAUAAUGCUAGUAACGGCGGCAACAGCAAAUCAGAGGCAAAAACAAAAUCCUCAACCACAUCAACGCCCAGCGCUGGCACGCUGCUCUUCUCCACGCUCAGCGAGCAGGAGCGCUUGGAGGCGCAGAAGGCGAAUCAGCAGCCCAACCAGAGCGAAGUCGAUGCGCCGCAAAGCGAAAAGAAGCAAAGCAGCAAUCAGCAGGACAACAAUCGCAUUCCAGCCACUAGCAACAACAGGGAUAUGGUCUCACCCUGGCUGGUCUCCUCGGAAAUUGUUUCAGCGCCCAAGGGACGGGAGCCGACCAUAAUACGCAAAUCCGUUAUUACAACACAGUUGUAAUUAUUGUUUAAAUUUAAACAUUUUUUAUUUAAUAAGACUAUAUACAUAAGAAUAUAGCUAUGACAACCUUAGACAACAUUCUUUUAAGCAUUCCACAUAGCAGCAACAUUAAAGACAAUGAGAGAGCAGGUCCAAUCAAAAUGAAAACUGAAACUGAAACUGAAUAUGUUAUCUGUCCAUUAAAUGUGCCUUAAAUUAUAUUUACACUAUAU